CUCGCUUUCCCCCAUUUGUUUUUUCUAUUUUCAAGUGAUUCAACUGAAACAAGUUUUAGGGUUUGUAGGUAUAGCGGGAAGAGAGAAGAUACAAGAUGAGUGUAUGGAACUACGUGGUUACGGCUCACAAGCCAACAAAUGUUACACAUUCCUGUGUUGGCAAUUUCACUGGUCCUCAAGAGCUCAAUCUUAUCAUUGCGAAAUGUACUCGAAUCGAGAUUCAUUUACUCACUCCCCAAGGUUUACAGUGCAUUUGUCUGCAGCCAAUGUUAGAUGUGCCGAUAUAUGGGAGAAUCGCGACACUUGAGCUUUUCCGUCCUCACGGUGAAACACAAGAUCUUCUCUUCAUCGCAACAGAGCGAUAUAAAUUCUGUGUCCUUCAAUGGGACACUGAGGCAUCUGAAGUUAUCACAAGAGCAAUGGGAGAUGUGUCAGACCGAAUAGGCCGUCCCACAGAUAAUGGUCAGAUUGGUAUAAUUGAUCCAGACUGCAGAUUGAUCGGGCUGCAUCUUUAUGAUGGACUAUUUAAGGUUAUUCCAUUUGAUAACAAAGGCCAACUGAAGGAAGCUUUUAACAUCAGGCUCGAGGAGCUUCAAGUUUUAGAUAUUAAAUUCUUGUAUGGUUGCCCGAAGCCUACAAUUGUUGUUCUAUAUCAGGAUAACAAGGAUGCCCGACAUGUCAAAACAUAUGAGGUGUCCUUGAAAGAUAAAGAUUUUAUUGAAGGUCCAUGGGCUCAGAAUAAUCUUGAUAAUGGAGCUUCUUUGCUAAUACCAGUACCUCCGCCACUGUGUGGUGUAUUGAUUAUUGGAGAAGAAACCAUCGUUUAUUGCAGCGCUUCAGCUUUUAAGGCUAUCCCAAUUAGACCUUCUAUCACAAGAGCAUAUGGGCGGGUUGAUGCUGAUGGUUCUCGAUAUUUGCUUGGGGAUCAUAAUGGGCUUCUUCACCUACUUGUUAUCACUCAUGAGAAGGAGAAAGUUACCGGACUUAAAAUUGAGCUACUGGGAGAAACUUCUAUUGCAUCAACCAUAUCAUACCUAGACAAUGCUUUUGUCUUCAUUGGCUCAAGCUAUGGAGAUUCACAGCUUGUAAAGCUCAAUCUCCAGCCUGACACCAAAGGUUCUUAUGUGGAAGUUCUAGAGAGAUAUGUCAAUUUGGGACCUAUUGUGGACUUCUGUGUUGUUGAUCUGGAGAGGCAAGGUCAAGGUCAGGUUGUAACUUGCUCUGGAGCCUAUAAGGAUGGAUCGCUUCGUAUUGUUCGAAAUGGAAUUGGCAUAAAUGAACAGGCGUCUGUGGAACUACAAGGGAUCAAAGGAAUGUGGUCUCUUAGAUCUGCUACUGAUGAUCCAUAUGACACAUUCUUGGUUGUUAGCUUCAUUAGUGAGACACGCGUUUUGGCUAUGAACCUUGAGGAUGAGCUGGAAGAAACUGAGAUAGAAGGCUUCAAUUCUCAAGUCCAGACCUUGUUUUGUCAUGAUGCUGUAUACAACCAGCUUGUUCAGGUUACUUCAAAUUCUGUUAGACUGGUCAGUUCUACCUCUAGAGAUCUGAAAAACGAAUGGUUUGCCCCAGCCGGCUACUCGGUCAAUGUUGCAACUGCUAAUGCCACUCAGGUACUAUUGGCUACUGGGGGUGGCCAUCUGGUAUACCUAGAAAUUGGUGAUGGGGUGUUGAAUGAAGUAAAAUAUGCCAAGUUGGAUUAUGACAUCUCGUGCCUGGACAUAAAUCCAAUUGGUGAAAAUCCAAACUACAGUCCCAUUGCAGCAGUUGGAAUGUGGACAGACAUAAGUGUCAGGAUAUAUUCACUUCCCGACUUGAAUCUCAUUACAAAGGAACAGCUAGGAGGGGAGAUUAUUCCUCGUUCUGUUCUGAUGUGUUCCUUCGAAGGGAUAUCUUAUCUACUAUGUGCUUUGGGAGAUGGCCAUCUCUUGAAUUUUGUAUUGAGCAUGAGUACUGGUGAGCUGACAGAUAGGAAAAAAGUAUCUCUUGGGACACAGCCCAUAACACUUCGUACAUUCUCAUCUAAAGAUACUACACACGUCUUUGCUGCCUCCGAUAGGCCCACAGUUAUUUACAGCAGUAACAAGAAGCUGCUUUAUAGCAAUGUAAAUCUAAAAGAAGUUAGUCAUAUGUGCCCAUUCAAUGUUGCAGCUUUUCCAGACAGCCUUGCAAUCGCUAAAGAAGGUGAGUUAACAAUUGGCACUAUUGAUGAAAUUCAAAAGCUUCACAUCCGUUCAAUACCCCUUGGGGAACAUGCACGUCGCAUCAGCCAUCAAGAGCAGACCCGGACAUUUGCUCUAUGCAGUGUGAAGUAUACUCAGUCAAAUGCAGAUGAUCCUGAAAUGCAUUUUGUCCGCCUGUUAGAUGAUCAGACAUUUGAGUUCAUAUCAACGUAUCCCCUUGACCAAUUUGAAUAUGGCUGUUCCAUACUAAGCUGCUCCUUUUCUGAUGAUAGUAAUGUGUAUUAUUGCAUUGGAACUGCAUAUGUGAUGCCAGAGGAAAAUGAACCUACCAAGGGCCGAAUUUUAGUUUUUAUAGUUGAAGAUGGAAAGCUCCAACUAAUUGCUGAGAAGGAAACUAAGGGAGCUGUCUACUCUCUAAAUGCCUUCAAUGGGAAACUGCUUGCUGCAAUCAAUCAGAAGAUUCAAUUGUACAAGUGGGCUUCGCGUGAGGAUGGUGGCAGCCGAGAAUUGCAGACAGAAUGUGGACACCAUGGUCAUAUAUUAGCUCUUUAUGUUCAAACGCGUGGGGAUUUCAUUGUUGUUGGUGAUUUGAUGAAAUCCAUUUCCCUGCUGAUUUUCAAGCAUGAAGAGGGUGCUAUAGAAGAGCGAGCUCGAGACUAUAAUGCAAAUUGGAUGUCAGCUGUUGAGAUUCUUGAUGAUGACAUUUAUCUUGGUGCUGAGAAUAACUUUAACCUUUUCACGGUCAGGAAAAAUAGUGAAGGUGCUACAGAUGAGGAGCGCAGCCGUCUUGAAGUGGUUGGUGAAUACCAUCUUGGUGAAUUUGUUAAUAGGUUUAGACACGGUUCGCUUGUCAUGCGACUACCAGAUUCAGACGUUGGCCAGAUACCCACCGUCAUAUUUGGCACAGUGAAUGGUGUUAUAGGGGUCAUUGCAUCGCUACCUCAUGAUCAAUAUUUAUUUUUGGAAAAGCUGCAGACAAACUUACGGAAAGUGAUAAAGGGUGUGGGAGGUCUGAGCCACGAGCAGUGGAGGUCGUUUUACAAUGAGAAGAAAACUGUAGAUGCUAAAAACUUUCUUGAUGGAGAUUUGAUUGAAUCAUUCCUAGAUCUUAGCAGGAAUCGGAUGGAAGAGAUUUCUAAAGCAAUGUCAGUUCCAGUUGAGGAACUAAUGAAGAGAGUGGAAGAGUUGACAAGGUUGCAUUAGUUAAAUCUUUAAUGGUCUCAACUCUGUAAUAUUUCACAUUUCUUCCUUAAUUUUUUUUCUUCUUUUUCUUCUGUGAGGUUGUGAUACAAGUUCUUAUCCUUAUAUCUGUACUUAUCAUCUCAUAUAUUUUUAGUAGCUGUUGAAUUUUUAUUUUAAGUUGAAAAAGAAUCAUUUGCAAAC